AUGCAUUCAUACUACAAAUUCCUUCAAACGAUAAUCUUCUCAAGAAAAAAGAAGCUCUCUUUUUUCUUGAGAAGAUUAUCGUUUGAAGGAAUUUGUAGUAUGAAUGCAUGGCCUUCUGAAACCUCUAAAAUAUUUUCUUUGGUUUGUGGUUUAUCCACAAAUGGGUUUUGUGUAACAAAAGGUCGUUUUCUGCUCAAUAUGAAGGUCGUGGACGUGUUCAAUAUGGAAAUCGCCAAAUUAAACAUGUUUCGGACUUGUCAAAAAAUUUUAGAACCAGAUUUUCGAAAAUGCAAUUUUAAAAAAAAAUGUCAAAAUCAUAAGGGGGGGGUACACGAUUUGAAUGCGAGAAGUAAUUUUGAAAUUCUCCUAAAUUGGCUUCCUAUUCAUAGUGAAUGA